AUGUUUAGGAUGUUUAACUUUCGUAGAUUUCUUUACUUCAGCAAUCAGCCCCCUCUUGUUCAUUUUUUUAUUUCUUUUUUUAUUUUUUAUCUUUUCGCCCUUUUUCUUUUCGUUUUUCAUUUUUUCCCCCCCAUUUAUUUUUUUUUUCGCCUUUUUUUGCUUUGGUUUUUCCUUUUCGUUCCCCUUUUUUUUUCUUAUUUUAUUUCGUGCUCACUGCUUUUUUUUUCCUAUUUCUUUUAUUGGCAAUCUAGCUCAAUUGCAAUUUUUCAGUUUCACUUCCAGGAGCGUUCUCCGGGCUAUUUCCGCUUUGGGCUGGGCACGUGUGCAGUGGGGUGA